GCAGCUUUAUCGCCUCCACCACCUCUGCCAUCAACUGCAUCUACCAGACAACCACAAUCAAGCCAACAUACAACUCAACAUGUCGGAUUCGGGUUCCCCCAACAUGCAGCAAAAGCCGGAGGGGGCUGAACAAUCGGAGCAUCUCAACAUCAAGGUCACCGACAACAACAACGAGGUCUUCUUCAAGAUCAAGCGUACCACUCAGCUGAAGAAGUUAAUGGAUGCCUUUUGUGAUAGGCAGGGCAAGAGCUUCGCGAGCGUGCGAUUCCUCUUCGAGGGCGUUCGCGUCCAGCCGACAGACAAUCCCGAAAGCCUCGAAAUGCAAGACGGCGACACGCUCGAGGUCCACCAAGAGCAGAUUGGCGGCUGUUGAUCAUAUCCCUUCCGGCCAUUGCAACUUGCAAAAAACGACGACACCGCAUAGGUUUUCUGAGCGGGCGACAAAACGGCAGAGGAGAUCAAUGAUCUAUGGAUAACGGGAGAGGGGGAUGCUCCAGUGAAACGAAUGUUAUACCGGUGGUUUUCUCUAUUUCUGAGUGUUCCGGGGGAACUGCUCGAAGAUGGCGCAUUUGGCGUCUCAACAGUGUUGGCAUUGAAGGCUUCCUCAAUAUCCCUUUCUAUUCCAUGGCACCACUAUGAAGUUCAAGACGGGUCUCUGCAUGUUUUCGGGCUUCUGAGACAUGAAUAUAAAACUCUUUCGGUUCUAUCCAGCGUCUUGA